AUGGACAAAUUUAUAAUUAAAAAAGUUUCAACUUCGGUUAACACGAGCACUGAUGGCUCCACUGAUUUGCCGUUACCGUCUUCAUCAACAAUUAAUGAUAAAACAGUAAAGCGUCGUAAGUAUAAAGACAACUAUUUAAAUUUCGGAUUUACGUUUAUUGGUGAUGAUAAUAAUCAAAUACCUCAGUGUAUUGUAUGUGGCGUAACUUUAUCAAACGAAAAAAAAAAACCACAUACCAUCGGAGAAGAAUUGAUUUUACCAGCUUGUAAAGAAAUUGUUGAUGUCAUGUUUGGUAAAGAAGCAGCUGAACAAAUUUCAAACAUACCACUGUCAAAUGAUACUGUUCGUCGAAGAAUAAUAACAAUGUCGGAGGAUAUUGUAAAAAAUGUAAAUGAGAUAUUACAAAAAGAUAAAGAAUUCGCAUUAUACAACUUGAUGAAAGUACCGAUGUUUCUGGAAAAAAUAAUUGAACAAUUUUUAUUUUGCCGUGAAUUGCAAACUACAACAACUGGAGUUGAUGUUUUCAAUGCUGUUGAUAAUUAUUUCGAAGAAAAUAAUAUGGUAUGGUCGAACUGCAUUUCAAUUUGCACAGAUGGUGCAGCGGCGAUGACUGGCCGAUUUAAAGGAUUUCUGACUCUCGCGAAAAAUAAAAAACCUAAUUUAAUAACAAUUCACUGUUUUUUACACCGUGAAGCUCUUAUAGUAAAAAGUUCGGAUGGAGGAGAAUUAAGUGAUGUUCUCAAAACUGUCAUUGAAAUGAUUAACUAUAUUAAAAAACGACCAGUAAAAUGUAGAAUAUUUGAAGAAUUAUGUAAAAAUAUCGGUACAGAACACACUACUUUGUUGUAUCAUACUGAAAUACGUUGCCUUUCUAGGGGUCCAUGUGGAGAAGAAAAUAUAAAAAAUGCAAACUUAUCUUCUACGGAAAAAGAACAAUUACUAGAAAUAUCAUCAGAUACCACGUUAAAAUCUAAAUUUUAUAUGUCUGAAAAUGAUUCAUUUUGGAUUUCUUUGCAAAACGAAUACCCAGAAGUGAGCAAAAAAGCGAUGCAAAUUUUGCUUCCUUUUUCAACAUCAUAUAUGUGUGAAUCAGCAUUUUCGAUAUUAAAAGUAACAAAAACCAAAAAAAGGUCAACGCUUAAAGAUAUUGAAACUCUAAGUGAAGCUCGAGGGACGUUGGACUCGCUGAGAGUGAGCACAGAUUUUGGAGUAAAAGUCGCGACAGUUGUAAAACGAAAAUAUAGGAUUUGUGAGAAGAAUUAUUAG